UUCGCAGUCUCCAGUGCACCACACCGAGCAAAUUAUCCAUGGCUGUCUCGACGACAGUGCUGUCACUGGUGCUCGUCGUGUGCUUCUGCUGCCAUGUCGUCCUCCCUUCGCUAGCCUCCUCCUCCGAGGAGAACUUCCUUCAAUGCCUGUCGGAGAAGAUACCUGGCGAGCUCCUGUUCACGCAGAGCUCGAGCGGCUUCAUGUCCGUGCUGACGUCCUCCGUCCAGAACGCCAGGUUCGCGACCAACGCCACGGUGCGGCCGGCGUGCAUCGUCACGGCGUCCGACGUCGCCCACGUCCAGGACGCCGUGCGGUGCGGCCGCUGGCACGGAGUGCGCCUCCGCGUGCGCAGCGGCGGGCACGACUACGAGGGCCUGUCGUACCGGUCCGUGCGCGCCGAGGUGUUCGCGGUGCUGGACCUCGCGAGGCUGCGCGCCGUGCGCGUCCGUCCGGGGGAGAAGGACGAGGAGGCCUCCGCGUGGGUGGACUCCGGCGCGACGCUGGGCGAGCUCUACUACGCCGUGGGCAUGGCCAGCCCCACGCUGGCGUUCCCGGGCGGCGCGUGCCCGACGGUCGGCGUCGGAGGGUUCCUGAGCGGAGGCGGCAUCGGCCUGAUGAUGCGCAAGUUCGGCACCGGCGCGGACAACGUCCUCGACGCCAGGAUCGUCAACGCCGACGGCGACGUCCUCGACAAGGCGGCCAUGGGGGAGGAUCUCUUCUGGGCCAUCCGGGGCGGAGGCGGCGAGAGCUUCGGCGUGGUGGUGUCGUGGAAGCUGAAGCUCUCCGUCGUCCCUCGGACGGUGACGGUGGUGAACACCGUCAGGGCCUUCGACGAGACCACCGCCGCCGUGCUCGCCAAAUGGGAGACGUUCGCGGUGAGGCCGUUCCUCCCGGACCUCACCAUCCGCGCCGUGGUGCAGGGCAACAACACCGUCUUCCAGACCUUCUUCCUCGGCAGCUGCUCGCGGCUGGUGGGCAAGAUGGACGCCUUCUUCCCGGAGCUGGGCACGAGGGAGGGCGACUGCAGGGAGAUGAGCUGGGUUCGCGCCAUGGCGUUCAUCACCCUGAGCAGCUCCGACGUCAACGUGCCCCUGGAGGGGAUGCUGAAGCGGACCAACAACCUGGGCACGUACGUGAAGAACAAGUCGGACUACGUGCGGUGCGCCGUGGGCAAGGCAGGAUGGGAAAGAAUCUACCGGGAGCACCUGUCGCGGAACGGCGCCCUAAUGAUGAUCAUGGAGCCGCAUGGCGGCGUGGUCGGCAGCGUCAUCCCGGACUCCUUCACGCCGUACCCGCACCGCAACGGCGUGCUCUACAACAUCCAAUACGUGGCCUUCUGGUGGGCGGACGGCGGCGCCGCGGAGGCGGCCAACGGGUGGAUCAACGGGCUGUACGGGUUCAUGGAGCCGCUGGUGAGCAGCAACCCGAGGGAGGCCUUUGUCAACUACCGCGACCUGGACAUCGGGCAGAACACGGUGGGCAACGACGGCGUGACGACGUACGAGAGCGGGAAGGUGUGGGGUGAGAAGUACUUCAUGGGGAACUUCCACCGGCUGGCGACGGUGAAGGGGCAGGUGGAUCCCGGCGACUACUUCAGAAACGAGCAGAGCAUCCCGCCGUUCCGAGCCGCCUAGGCUACAACGAGUGAGCGAACUUCCCAAAAGAAAAAAAAAAUGAAGUGAUAACGAGUGAAGGCCGAAAAGUGAAGAGUGCGGAUUGAUGUGUACGCCAGCCAACAUGCAUGCAUGCAUGCGUGCAUGGGCGUCACAUUGUGUUUGUCUUGAAUAAGGAAUAAAGAUUGGGACCGAUUACAUGUCA